ACGAGUUGCUGGCCGUGUGUCGUUUUUGUGUGCGAAUUGCGUUCGGGAUAGAUUUUUUUGCAAAAAACGCGAAUUCUGUGAAAAUAGGGCGACUUUGCCCUUCAUACUAUCGCGUAACUUGGCGAAACACCUUGGCCAAAUUUUCAUUUCGCGAAUAAUCUAGCGGAAUUUGGUGAAUUAAAAUCGUUAAGAAAGUUAAUAUCCUCUCAGUGGUGCCCGUAUCGUGUUCGUUUUUCGUGUAUUGUCCUAUUCGUGUUGUGUUCACCCCGUUCUGCGCACGCGGACUGCAACCCCGUGUGUCAAAUGCUUGUCCUGUUAGUGUAUCAAAUCAUAUAGGAAAAUUUGUUUGUUUGAUGGUGUUAGUGUAAUAUCCUAGUGCAACCAAAACAAAAAUAGUAAUUAGCAUACAAGAAAAUUAGUAAACAAAAACUGGCAGUGGCAGUCCCAACGGUAACUAAGAGGCUGCAUAUGAACCUUGGUAGCCUUCCUGUCUGGAAGUCAUUCAACCCCCGGGAUUAUGUUCGGCGCGAUAGCUGGCAUCGGUUCGAGGCGAGGCCAUCCAAUAUGAAUUAGCUGGGACGUAUUAGUAGUGAGUGCAUGAGUUAAUUGAACCGGAACGCAGGACCGUGUGAACCGCCGCUUGUUGUUCCAAACAUUCUCUAAUACAUAUCCUUAGUACCUCGUCCGGGAGUUGUCUGCACUCGGCUCCGCGCGCGUCAUUGGCCUGGAAGUAAUGUCCAGCCAUUGAGUAGCCGUCGACGUGAUAAACGAGUCUGGAACGCAUCUGCGAAUGCAGUUAAUUUCUCUGCCGUAAAUUACAGCCACAACAUUGCCCGAGGAACUGCAUUACGCUUGAGAGGAUUUACAAUUCCUGGAAGCAACAACAGGCCCAGGGCUUGCAGCUCAAGGAAAUCCGAACGCGAAAAUUUCUUUUGUUGUUGCUGAUUCAAAAUUUUUGUAAACUUAACGGAAGCAGGCCACACUUUCUCGCGAUAGCAUCAUCAUCAUAGUCCCAGGACGAAGGGAAAAAAAACAAAACCGUGAGAAAGGGUAUAGCGAACUUUUUGUGCAUCGGAACGACCGAGAAAUCAACUGCAACUGCAGCCCGGCUGGCUACUGCAACAAUAAGGAACCAGGUUAAGGACGGAGAGAAUUCCAGGAGCCAGCACUCUUUAUUUUGUUCUUCGCAUGAACAGGAUAAUGGUCCGGAACCAAGCAAUACUGUUGCUAGCUUUUGUGUCUACGAUUCGUGGAAUAACGGAGGAAUUGUCGCCAGACCAUGUCCGCGAAUUCACAUGUGGCCAACUAUACUACCGCACAUUCCUGCUGGACGAAGAUCGGGACUCGCUGUUUGUCGGGGCUAUGAACGGCGUCUAUCGGCUUAACCUGAAAAAUAUUAGUCUCUCAGGAUGCGAGAGAGAUCUUUUCUCACUGAAACCGUCCAGCGAUGACAAACGGAGCUGUGUGUCGAAGGGCAAAAGCGAGCUCUUCGACUGUCAGAAUCACAUCCGCGUUAUUCAACCAAUGGACGGUGGCAACAGGCUUUAUAUUUGUGGAACGAACGCUCAUAAUCCCAAGGAUUACGUUAUAUAUUCGAAUCUUACCGAUUUACCGAGGUCGGAAUUCGUGCCGGGAAUCGGUUUAGGAAUAGCAAAGUGCCCAUACGACCCACUUGAUAAUUCAACAGCAAUUUAUGUGGAAAGAGGAAAUCCUGGCGGUUUACCUGGUUUGUAUUCAGGAACAAAUGCAGAGUUUACAAAAGCGGACAGCGUGAUCUUCAGGACGGACUUGUUCAACAUGAGCAACGGCAAGAAGGAAUAUAGUUUUAAGCGGACCCUUAAAUACGACUCAAAGUGGUUGGAUAAACCCAACUUUGUGGGCUCAUUCGACAUUGGCGAGUUCGUCUAUUUCUUCUUCCGAGAAACAGCUGUUGAAUACAUAAAUUGCGGCAAAGCAGUUUACUCACGAAUUGCUCGUGUCUGCAAAAAGGAUACAGGUGGAAAGAAUAUCCUGUCACAAAACUGGGCCACGUACUUGAAAGCACGACUUAAUUGUAGUAUUUCCGGCGAAUUUCCAUUCUAUUUUAAUGAAAUCCAAUCUGUCUACCAACUGCCGAAUGAGCCCAGGAAAUUCUAUGCAACGUUCACGACAAGCACAAAUGGACUUGUCGGGUCAGCUGUCUGCAGUUUUGAUAUAAAUGAGGUCCAUGCAGCUUUCCAAGGAAAAUUCAAACAACAAGAAACAUCAAACUCCGCAUGGUUACCCGUUCUGAACUCUCGAGUACCCGAGCCUCGUCCCGGUGUCUGCGUGAACGACACCGCCAGCUUACCGGAUAAUGUCCUGCAAUUCAUCAGGUCAAACCCACUUAUGGACAGAGCCGUCAAUCACGAAUACAACAAUCCCGUCUACUACAAAAGGGAUCUCGUCUUCACCAAAUUAGUGGUGGACAAAAUCAAAGUUCCGCUCCUCAACCAGGAAUACACAGUCUUCUAUGUUGGCACGAAUCUAGGACGUAUCUACAAAAUUGUUCAGUACUUCCGAAAUGGUGAACCAAGAUCGAAACUCCUGGAUAUCUUCGAAAUUGCACAGAAUGAAGCGAUUCAAGUGAUGGAGAUAAGUCAAACCCGAAAAUCCCUCUAUGUUGCUACCGACCAUCGGGUGAAGCAAAUUGAUUUGGCCAUGUGCAACAGACGUUACGACAAUUGCUUCCGUUGCGUAAAGGAUCCGUACUGCGGCUGGGAUAAGGAAGCCAACACUUGCAAACCAUAUCAUAUUGAAUUACUGCAGGAUGUCGGCAACGAGACCAGCGACAUUUGCGACACGAGCGUAUUGAAAAAGAAAAUUGUUGUAACGUACGGACAAAGCGUACAUCUUGGAUGCUUUGUGAAAAUUCCCGAAGUGCUUAAAAAUGAGCAAGUGACAUGGUAUCAUCAUUCCAAGGAUAAAGGACGGUAUGAAAUCAAAUACACGCCAACUAAAUACAUCGAAACUACAGAACGAGGACUGGUUGUCCUCUCAGUGAACGAAGCUGACGGAGGACGAUAUGAUUGUCACUUGGGGGGUUCAUUGCUCUGUAGCUACAACAUCACCGUAGAUGCUCACAGAUGUACACCACCGAAUAAGAGCAACGACUACCAGAAGAUAUAUUCGGAUUGGUGUCACGAGUUUGAGAAAUAUAAAUCAGCUAUGAAAUCCUGGGAAAAGAAACAAGCGCAAUGCGCCGCCCGACAAAACUACAGUAAUCAGCAUCCAAACGAAGUGUUCCAGAAAAACUGAUACUAGAGCCGAAUCAGUGAACUCAUGACCAGCAUACACCAUACACAGAAUUCGUCCGUAAUAAACCUAUUUAAAGUAAUUUCCUCCAUAAGUAAGUAAGAAUACGAAUAAUCUGCUAAUGAAAUCAAAAUAGAAAGGAUAAUGGAAACCAGCUAAACUCAACAGUCCCACAUUUUUCGGCACCAACAAUAUUUAUAUAUAUUAUAUAAAGAAGAGAAUAUAACGCAAUUGUAUCAGUACAGGCAACGAACUGAUAGACUAAGUUUCGUUUUAUUACAGCUAAUCAAGCUGAACGAAAUGUGAAAGUAAUAAUAAAGAUUUUCAAGAUAUAUUACGCAAUUUUAUAUGGGGGUUUCAAAGAAGGAGCCAUAUUGGAUAAACUAGAUUUUGUAGCGACCACUGAAGAAGCAAUGCAACGGUUUUCAGCGCAAGUGAAUGAAAUGAAAAGGAAUUUUCCGCGUUUGGAGCUUGGUAGUUGACAUUUUCCACUAGGCGCCAUUCAAUAACUCAGUAUUUAGCGAGUAAAUAAUGACUUUUGUCCAUUUAUCAAAGUGAAAGUUAUUUGCAUUAAUAGAAUCUGCAAUGCUCAACAACGCUACCCCAAUUAAUCUAGACUUGAAAUUAUAAUACGUACGCGAAGUCUGCAUUCUGUAGACUUUACAUAGGCCUAUGUCCGAUAUGAUUUCCUUGAAAUCACCCCCUAAGAGUUUAGCCAACGUACACAUACAUAUUUGAAGAAACUCCACAAAUCAUUCACAAAUUUAUAUCACAAAACUCACCCGUCCUUAUCAUAUGGUGAGACCUAUCAUCCCUUCACGACUCUUUGGUUUUCCUCAUUGUUUUUUUCUUUUUCUCAUUCUCACUAGAAUCUCGUAAUAUAAUUAAAAAUUAUGAAAAUUUAAAGGAAGAAAAAUUAACUUUUUUUAUUAAUCCUAAGCAAAAAUUAACAAAACAAAACAAAAAUAUCUAAAUUUAAAGAUAUAAAUUAAAGAAAAUAUUACUACAUAGGAUAAAAAUGCUAAUAAUGAUAAUGUGAAAGGAAUAUGAGGGAAAUAGAUAAAAAAAAACACGAACGGAACGAAAACAUGGAAACAAUGUAAUAAUCAAGCAAUGUGAUGUUAAGUUUUGAUAAAUUUAUUUAUCGAUAGAAUUUUACUCAAAUCAUUUUCAAUUACGUUUCAAAAUCUCAUUUUCGAAAUUCGUCGAUUUAAUUUGAUAACGCCAAGCGCAUUUUUUCAUCAAGUAUCUUUAGUUUGAGUUUUGGAUAUUCAGUGAAUUUUGAAGAAAGAGAAUUUCUCAAUUUUGCCAGAAUUUUUAAUUUGUACUUAGUUUUUUUGUUGCCUUUAAUUAAGGCUAGAGUAAGGUUCAAUGUGUACUUCAUUUACUUUCAAUCGAAACGUUCAUUUCAUUAGAAGUGUAUUAAGUUAGAUUUAUGCAAUUAUUAUUUUGUCUCGAAUAGUAAUAAAACUGUAAUAAAUUUGGAAA